ACCUUCGAUCCCUCGGUCGUCGGCGGCGGCGCCGCCCCCGCUGCCGAUCCUCACCACGGCUGGCAGAAGGUCACCUACACCAAGCGCCAGCGUAGGCCCCAGCCGCCUGCCGAUCCCGAUCGAAACCGCCCCAGCGGUCUCCCCCACCCCGCCGAUCGCUCCCACGUCUUUGACUCCCUCGAGCAGAAGGCCCGCGAGCGGCGACGCGCCAUCGAGUCCGCCGCUGCGGCGGCGGAGUUUGCCGAAGCCGGUGAUGCCAAAUCCAGGCCCGCGAUGGCUGCCUCGGACGAAGAGGACGACGACAGUGGGGCGGAGGUCGCGCGCGGAGUCCAAGCGAACUCGGGGCAGGCAACGACGAAGGAGAAGCAGAAGAAGCCCAAGAAGCCCAAGGUCACUGUGGCGGAAGCCGCCGCCAAGAUCGAUGCCGCCGAUCUCGCUACAUUUCUUGUCGAAAUCUCGGCCACAUACGAAUCUCAACAGGAUAUUCAACUCAUGAGAUUUGCAGAUUUCUUCGCACGUUCCUUUGCCUCGGUUAGCGCUUCACAAUUCCCAUGGGCUAAGAUGUUCAAGGAAUCACCCGUUGCUAAGAUCGCUGAUAUUCCUGUGUGCCAUAUAUCUGAAUCUGUUUACAAGACUUCAGUUGAUUGGAUCGCAUUGAAAUCUCCUGAAGCUUUGUGUGAAUUUAUUUUGUGGUGCCUGGAUAGCAUUCUCAUUGACCUGGCAAGUCAGCAAUCCACGGUCAAGGUCUCAAAAAAAUUGAUUCAACAUAGUCCAUCAAAGGCUCAGGUUGCAAUAUUCGUUGUUCUGGCAAUGGUCUUAAGACGGAAGCCUGACUCACUUAUUAGUCUUUUGCCCAAAUUAAAGGACAAUUCUCAAUAUCAUGGACAAGAGAAACUUCUGGUUAUUGUUUGGCUUUUUGCACAGGCUUCUCAGGGAGAUCCAGUUGUUGGCAUGUACUUAUGGGCACACUACCUAUUUCCUGUAGUUUGUGGUAAAUCAAGUGGGAACCCACAAUCUAGGGACUUGGUUUUGCAAUUGGUUGAAGGGAUUCUCUCCAGGCCAAAAGCUCGAGCUAUUUUAUUAAAUGGUGCUGUCAGAAAGGGGGAACGCCUAGUGCCGCCUAAUGCACUUGAUUUGCUAAUGCGAAUAACAUUAACUGCUCCUACAGCACGUGUCAAGGCCACAGAGAGGUUUGAGGUGGUGUAUCCUACUCUGAGAGAGCUGGCUCUUGCUGGCUCCCCUGGGACAAAAACCACGAGACAAGCAGCACAGCAGCUUUUGCCUGCUGCUGUUCAAGCAAUUCAAGAAAAGAAUCCAGAACUAACAAAAGAAGCAGCAGAUAUAUUCAUCUGGUGUUUGUCUCAGAAUGCUGAAUGUUACAGGCAAUGGGAAAAACUUCAUCUCGAAAAUGUUGAUGCAAGUAUUGCUGUUCUUCAAAAUCUAUCAAGUGAAUGGGGAAAAUACUCGACCAAAAUUUCUCCUGAUGCUCUCAGAGAAACACUUAAGAAUUUGAGAGCUAAAAAUGAGGAAGCCCUAUCGAGGAGUAUGGAUGCCAGCAAACUUACAUCCAUCAAAGAUGCAGACAGAUGCUGCAAGGCAGUCUUGGGGAAGUUAACACGUACUUGUGGUUGCAUGAAGAGUGGUAUUUUCGUGCUUGUGCUUGCCUUUGGAGUCUAUUAUGCUGUCAACCCUGGGACGGAGUUGUUUAACUGGGAGAAACUUCAUGUGGCCUUCAGUUCCAUUCAAUCCUCUUAGGACAACUUCCAGUCGAACCUCAUCUUAUCAAAAUGAAAGCUAUAGAGAAUGAGAAGGUGCCAUCCCAAAUCAAGGGAAAUAGUUGGGAAAUAAUAACUUAUCUGAGAAUGUUUCUGUGGUUGGAGCUUCUCUUUUAAAUCAGUAUGGAGGUGUAGGUAGCUAUGGUUCUGUCCGGACUAAAAAUUUUGUGUAUCUUUUUCCAUAGCAAAGCAUGAAUUAUGACUUUUGUUGUGUUUGUUUCAUGAUGGGAUGAGUAUACUCUCAUGGUUUCCUAUUCA